GCUGGAUGUCACAAAUAUAUAGAUAUCAUUUUGACAUUUGAUAAAACUAAAAUUUAAAGGCGAAGAAGAGUUUUAUUUGUGUGUUCAGUAUGUAAAUGUGAAUGUUAUAAUAUGUGGAAGUAGUUAAUAACAACAAUUUGGUUAAAUAAAAAUGGCCAGUAUUAAUUCAAAGAAAAACAGGGGGCCCAUAGUAGACCCCGCUUUGUGCAGAUGCUGCCAUUCCAUAAAGAAAUGUCGCCUCCUCACCUCGGAGUACGAAUUCAUGGACUCCAAGGAGGUGUACUCUGUCAUGUUAAUAGACGUUUUUGGUCUCCUCCUAUCACAUCUAGAUGGUGACAAUACUGACUGCUGUAUAUGCGCUACAUGCGUGAGUCGUCUAAGAGAAGCCAGUGCCUUUAGGAAACAGGUUCUGCAGUCUGAGCAGAUGUUUUUGGAGGCACGCCACGUUUCAGAUUCAGAAACCGAUACAGAAAAGCCCCUCGUAACCAAAGCUACAGCUGUGAUUAGUACAAAUUUUAAGUCAUUGAAAAGAACCAGAAAUAUUCACAUAUCGGAUAAGAAGCAACCAAGUAUAGCCAGCAAAAUUCAACGGCUGCAGAAAAAACCACCGGCAGACCGAACUCAACUGAAAACUCCAAAAGCGACCCUCGAGCAAAACCGCAUGGCAUUGAUCAACACAGUUAAAAUAGUCACAUACUCCUACGUCUGUCCGUUUUACAAUAAAAUAAGCUUCUACUACUGCUUCUAUUGCAUGGACCAAUUCACCAGCCCCGUUGAACUGAGAGAGCAUACGUUAAAGCACGAGCCAAAAUUAUUCAAGCAAAUGAUGGAACAUAAAAAAAAACCCAAAGUAGACAUCACAAGAAUCGAUUGCAGACUGUGCGAAGAGAAAAUCGACGAUGUCGACACAUUCAAAAAACAUAUAACGUCCGAACACAAGAAAAUUUUGUAUCCGGUGACAAAUGAAUUUUUAAAAUUCAGACUCACAGCUGGCAAUAUGAAUUGUACUGAAUGCGACGAGGCGUUCUCUUUGUUCGAUUCCCUAAAUAAGCAUAUGUUGGAGCAUUUUGUCACUCACACGUGUGACGAGUGCGGUGCCAAAUUUAUUGAGCUCUCAUUACUACGCUCGCACAUAAGAAAUACGCACAAAAAAGUCGACGCGGUUUACCCAUGUGAGAUAUGCGGCAAGAAUCUAAAGUCCAAAUACAGUAGGGGACUGCACGUUGCGACAGUGCACGAGAAAAAGCCGACGAUAAAUUGCUAUAAAUGCGACGCCGCGUUCCUUUCACACGCAUUACGGAAUCGGCACUUGAUCGAGGUGCACGGGGACAAGAGAACGUUUCCUUGCAAGUUGUGCGAUAAGGUUUACAAUCGACGGAAAACUAUGAUGGAGCACCACAGACGCAGCCAUUUGAAAGUUUUCAACCAUCAGUGCGAGCUAUGCGCUCAGAUGUUCUACGUGCCAUCUGCUUUGAAGGAACAUAUGGCGAUACAUAGAGGCGAGAGGAAUUUCAAAUGCGAUGAAUGCGGUAAGAGCUACCCGGGUCUGAAAUCUCUGCAGUGCCAUAAGAAAUCGCACAAACGAAAGUUGGUUCGAAGAUCAUGUUGAUUGGAUCAUAGCAAAGAAUAGUUAUAGCUGUAGUCCACCACGCUGGCCCCUUGCGGAUUGGUGGACUCUACACACAUUUGAGAACAUUAUGGAGAACCCUCAGGCAUGCAGGUUCCCUCACCGCUCAAUUUGUUGUCGUGAUAUUUUAAUUACAUAAAACGCACAUAACUUAGGAAAUUCGAAUCUGGACCGGCGAAAGUUAUGUCGAAGUGCUACCCACUGGGAUUUCACCGCCUCGUACUUGUACAGAUUUACUUCGGAAACACAGUUUAUGAGAUAACUAGCUACUUUAACAGCAAUGCUAUAUAUAGGUUAGUACCUAGACUAUUAUGGUGCGAUCAAAAUUCAACCUAAACACCACAGCUUAGAACUUAUAAUACAGGUACUCUGAAUACUGGACAAAGAUUACUUAGGAAAGCAGAAGAAAAGAGUGAUUGAAAUUAUUGCUUAAUUUAUUUAUUUCGUUUUUAAGUAAUGUAAUAACGUGCAAGUAAUUUAUAUGUAAAUAAAAACUUAUUAUAUUAGUA